AUGCAAAUAACAAAGGAGCUCUUCGGAAAAGGGAUUAUUUCAAAUCCCAAGAUGGUGACCCAAUCGCAGUUCAGCCAGAUACAGUUCCAGGCGGUGGUAGAAAACGUUAGCAUGUUCUACAAGGUUUUAAAGGGAAUCAAUUUUGUUGAUAGUGCGAUGGUGCAGCUAAGCAAAGAGGGCAUUAAAUUGACCCUUGAGGAUGCAAAAUGUGUUCAAGUGGUCGCCCUCGUCAAAAGCGCAUGCUUUUCCGAGUACAACCUGUCGGCGUAUCCGUCGGUGGCAGCGGGCGAUGACGGCGCCGAAAGCGAGCCAUUUGCUUCGUUUGGGUUAAAUCUGAAGGUAUUCACCGACUGUUUGAGUAUGUUCGCCAGCAGCGACUUCGAUCCAAGUUUGAAGAUCAUGCGCAAAGGUCCCGGUACACCAUUGGUCGCUAUUCUGGAGGGGCAUCGAGAGGACAACUUGAUUACGGAGUGUGCAGUGCGCACGAUGGAACCGUUCGAUUGUAUGGAUUUGGACUUUGACGAUGAUCACCCAAUCGUUAGCAAGAUCGCCGCAAAAGCCUCAGAGCUUUUCCUCUUGUUCAGUGAACUGGAUGACGAAGACGUAAUUGAGGUUAUCAUUUCGCCUACAGCACCACACUUCAAACUAAAAGCCUUAGGAGAUCCGGAAAUGGAAACCGAGAUAGAAAUUAAAAAGACCAGCGAUAUCUUCAUUAGCUUUUCUUGCUCGGAAGCCAGCAGCAAUCGAUACAAACUAAACCACUUCAAGCAUGUCAUGCGUACAUUAUCGCUCGCGACAAAGGUUGUGCUUAGUACGAAUACCGAGGGUUUGCUUAGCUUCCAGGUAAUUAUAGAAACUCUCGAGGAUUCACUUUAUUACGUUCAGUACUUCAUUCUACCGCUGGUAUUGGACUCCGAUUAAAUGACCAUUUAUUGUGGUUUUCGACUAUUAGAGACAAAUAAAAGGUUGAAUGCCGUUCAAAGAACAGGCAAAAAUGUAGAAAUUCAAAACUUAUCGUUUCGUUAAUUCGCAUUUCGCUUGGUAGGGGGCGCUUUCGUAGAGGCAAUGACAGCUAAGCGCGACGACGAAAACAAAACAUUACCUGAAGAGUCAGAGAUAAU